GUGCAAAAUGACAUCCUGAUCGAGGUACCGCAGACAAUUGUCAAGGAGCGGCUCGUUGAGGUGCCAACCGUGUGCACGCAAGAGGUCGUCCGAGCUGUGCCCAAAGUCGAGGUGCAUGAAAUCAUCAAGGAGGUGCCCAAGAUAGAGUACCAGGUCUCCGAGCGCAUCGUAGAAGUACCAGAGGUGCGCUACGUAGAGAGGAUAGUAGAGGUGCCGGAAGUGCACACUCAGGAGGUUGUUAGAACUAUCCCAAAGAUAGAAGUUCAGGAGGUGGUCAAGACUGUGCCGAAAGUUCAGGUGCAGGUUCAGGAGCGAAUUGUUGAGGUGCCAAAGGUGUGCACCGUGGAGAAAGUAGUUGAAGUGCCGCAAGUACAGAUCCAAGAGGUUGUUCGGACUGUGCCUCGACUGGAGGUCCAAGAAGUUAUCCGCGAGGUACCAAAGGUGGAGGUUCGAACUGUUGAGAAGCUGGUGGAAGUCCCGCAGGUUGCGCUUGUGGACAAGUUUGUAGAGGUGCCGCAGGUGCAAGUGCAGGAGGUCGUAAGGCACGUCCCAAAACUGGAGGUGCACGAGGUUGUUCGCGAAGUGCCGAAGAUUCAGAUGGAGUACAGAGAGAAGAUUGUGGAGGUUCCGCAGGUGCACUUGCAG